GGAGACUCGGGUGAUGCCCGCUCGGAUCACAGGACUACUGUACCGAUACCGAACAGCCCUGAUGGUAGCAGCGACGGGCGGACCGUAGGGCACCCCGACCCGGAGGACUUGGGGCUAUUGAAGAAGACGCUUCUCUACUGUGUGUCCUUCUGGCUGGAAGACAAUCUCCUAACUAACAUCCAGCUAACUUUCAGUUCAAUAUUUGUCGCGGCCGUUUUAUUGCGUUUUUCCCUCUUCCACCAUCACCAACUCACAUUGUGCAGGUGUAGGAGGGGGCGGUGUACAGGCCGGUCUCACUGAGACCCUUUUGGACGCUGACGUGUUUCAGCGGGCCAUGCCAAACCUGCAGUGUCAGAUGCCAUUUUACUGCGUCGGAAACCCCAAUAUAUUGGGCCUGUCAUCUCACUAGAAGUUGUUCAAAGUAGUACACGACUGGUGCGGUGGGGAGCUACAUGGUCAGAUGCAUUGUGCACUCUUCGUGCUGAAGCUUAUGGGUCCUGCGUACUCAAGCUCCCGGCUCCCACACAAAAAGGUGUGCUGCGGGGGUCCACCGCACGGUCUGACCGCCUCACAUCUGGAUCGUCCGUCCUCAGUCAUCUGAGGCCUAGGUGGUCGUGAGGUCCUCGGAGUUUAAGCUCUCGCUGUGAUCGCUUCCAGAGGAUUUCGUGUUAUUGAAACCGGUGUUAUUACAUCGGCACGAUUGGUCGGGUUUCAUCGGCUCUGAAUCCCUCGUCCAUAGCCCCAGUGACUAUAGAAACGUUAUCCAAGGUACGAGCUCAUCGGCCGGGGACUUCCCCUAUUAUUAUUUUGUGCAUUUUUUAAAGGCCACGUUAGGGUGACAUUGCAUUCGCUUUCUCUUUCCACCACUGUCGUUUUAAUUCGGCGACCAGACACGAAAAAGUGAAAGUGGAGGAUUGUCCGUCGCACGCAUUAAAGCUCCGGGAUUUCAGCGUCUGGCUGGCGUUCCCCCCCACCCAUCCCGCGGUGACGGUUAUGGGUCGGAAGCGGUGUGUCGGUGCAGAUUGUUCCAAGAUGGCGGCCGGGUGCUGCGGGGUGAAGAAGCAGAAGCUGUCGGGAUCCCCCGGGUCGGGGGGUCCUGGCGGGGUGGGGGCGGGGAGUGGGGUGACGGGAACCGGACACUGUGGGACAGACCUGGGGAUCGGUUCCUCCACCGCCGCCACCACCACUGUUGCAGCGGGGACCGUGGGCAGAGUCAACGGCCUGGGGGGACCGGGGGGAAACGUGAACAACUGUAGUAGUGGUAGUGGUGGCGGCGGUGGCGGUGGCGGUAGUAGUAGUAGCAGUACAGCCGUGCUGUCCCCAACCCCGGCCGGCUACAAUUCGUCCGGCCUCUCCCCUAAUCUGAGCCCGGGAUCCGGCUCGGGAAGCGGCGUGAGGAAGAUGGUGGUGUCGGCGGAGAUGUGCUGUUUCUGUUUCGACGUGCUUUACUGUCAUCUGUACGGAUACCAGCCGCCAAGGACCCCCCGCUUCACCAACGAGCCCUACCCGCUGUUCGUCACGUGGAAAAUAGGGCGAGACAAGCGGCUGAGGGGUUGUAUCGGUACGUUCUCGGCCAUGAACCUGCACUCAGGACUCAGGGAAUACACCCUUACUAGUGCCCUUAAGGACAGCCGCUUCCCGCCCAUGACGAGGGACGAGCUGGCCCGCCUCUUCUGCUCCGUGUCCCUGCUGACCAACUUCGAGGACGUUGGGGACUACCUCGACUGGGAGGUUGGCGUUCAUGGCAUUAGGAUAGAAUUUUUCAAUGAAAAAGGAUCAAAACGAACUGCCACCUAUUUACCAGAGGUUGCAAAGGAACAAGGUUGGGACCACAUUCAGACCAUCGAUUCCUUACUUAGGAAGGGAGGUUAUAAAGCUCCCAUUACCAAUGACUUCAGGAAGACCAUUAAGUUAACCAGGUACCGUAGCGAGAAGAUGACCAUGGCCUACGCAGAGUACAUCGCUCACCGCCAGCACCACCACUACCAGAACGGCGUGGGCCACCCCCUCCCCCCCUACAACCAUUAUUCCUGACAGCGAGCCCCGUGACCAAUCACUGCAGCUCUCCUCGGACCUGUUCCCGGGAGAGCCCGCCCCCGCCUGGUCUAGCUAUUUCUACUACUGUACCAUUUUAUGAUGAUAGUUUCCGUUGCCAUGGUGGCCGUCUCCCAGACGUUGGCAUGGCAACGGGCGGCAAACAAAUUUAUUACGGCGCGAAGUCCGCAUUUCCCCGCCCUCUUUUUUUUCCUUUUAUUUCCUGCCGUGAAGCUUUUGCAGCAGCAUAUAUAAACGUAUAUCUCCCUUCCUUUUUUGAAUUUGAAUUACGAUUUUUCUUUUUCUCCAAACUUAAGUCUUUAAUAAAAAAAAGAAAAACCUAGUGAGGUUUUGGUUCUGUGGAUGAGAGCGUCUCUCAUGGUGGGUCAGGACUAACCUGGUAUUCUAGAGCUGAACCUUUCUCAUGCUUCUCAUUUUUAUCCCUGUGUGUGUGUGUGUGUGUGUGUACUAUUUGUAGCAAGGCAGCGGCGGUUGGGAGAAGUCUCAUGCUAUUAAGUGAGAGGGAGAGGUGCGAUGGCCUUGGCCGGGUGUCUCUGAGCACUGGACCCCCCAGCUGUAGAUAGCGAGGGUCUGACCGGUGGGCCGGGGGCUGGAGUAUGUGUGCCUCUGUGUGGUUUAAUCGUCUCCAGGAGAUGAGCCCGGCUAGAUGAGUAGAUUCUAUCGUUUGUGAUGCGUGAAGUGUUUCCCUCGCCGGGCGCCCGAGGGGGCGGGGUUUUGUGGGGCGAGGGAACCUAUUAAAACUUGAACAGCGUUUGAUUGGCUAGGUAUAAAAGCGUUUAUCUUUUUAUUAUUAUUCCUUUUUUGCAACGAUUUCUACAUUGUACGAUUUAAUAAGGAGCAAGCCAUUUGUUCAUCUUGAAAGCCGGAUUGUCUGCGGGUCAUCUUUUGUAAAGUAGAUGAACCAGUUGGAGGGACUCCCCUGAACGCUGCGUUCUGAAGGUUAGGUGAGCAGUCGGAUAUAUUCACACGGUCGGAGAGGGAGCUCCGGAGUGGAUCCACCGUCAUUGUGUGUUUAUAGAGUUUAGGAGCAGGAAGCGACGGGGACAAACGAACCCCCUAAAGCCAUAAACCCAAGGCGUGCUUCAUAAGUGUUGUGGGCUGGAUGGCAUCACUUGUCUUGGAUGAGUUAAUAAAGCUUCACAUGGGAGCCCCAAAGCCGUUCCAGGGAGCCUGCUCCUCUGGGCCCGGUCCCAGGGGGCUCAUGAGGUGCGGUGACCCCUCUGGGGGUUGUCGGUGUGUAAUUAACUAAUUGACACGGUCUAAUGACCAAAGUCGUUAGUUGUUUUAGCUCCCAAACCCCAGAGAGGGUGUGAUUAGUGAACAUGUGAUCAGUGAACGUGUGAGUGAAGCGUUGCGUUGGCUGGGGGUUGCGGUCUUAAAGCAGCCCGGGACACUGUCCCAAGGCUGCCCCCACCCCUAGAUUGGAGCCCCAACCCACGGUCACCUUGUCGUUAAGGGGAGAGUAAUGGGACAGGGCCCUUGAUCGCUGGGCCCCCCUCCCGACCAGAUCCCCCCCUACCUACGGGGUCUCGACCCAAGCUGCAGAGAACGGCCUCCUGUUGUGUCAGCUGUGGGGUCGGGAGGUCAAGAGCACAUGUCCCAGCGAGGGGUCCUUUAUUGUUGAAGACUCCAGAUAAUAACAGUGGGGGGGGGGGGGGGGGUUCUAGGGACUUAUUGAAGCCAUUUCCCCUCGACAGACAGUCCCGUGCAUCCAGGACCUCUUUGGGUGUGCAGUAUCUCAGCUGUCCUGGUGUCCGCUCUGCGCUGCGUUCCAACGGCUGGUUCUGGUUCAGCAUCGCUGCCAUGUCUCCUGCACCUUCAUUGUUUUUUGUUGAAUUUGACCAACCGGCGGUUAUUUCCUUUAUGCAAACAGCCAAGGGCUUCAGGCGAUCCAUCCACAGUAACCCAAACUACCAGACUUGAGUUGUGUUGCCUUAACUGGUGUUAAUAAUGUCUGGACCAGUAUUUGGUGCUGUAGUUGUUCCUCUCCCACCAUCGACUGUGCUGAACUCCCAUCUCGUGCUUCUCCAGAACUCUUCUGGUCCUUUAAACGGCGACAAACUACACAACCACAUGUUUUUCUUUUCUUCUGCUGCAAAACCAAAUUGCCCACGCUCCUCUCACCUAAAGUCUUUGUAUAGACAUGCAAUGUACUCUGUUGCAUGCGUGUAUGAGUAUAACCUAUGGUUUUAAAUCCAUGAUAUGCUUGAUCUAUCGCUUAGACACUCGGAACCACAAAGAGAUUUUAGAAGACUAAACAUAUGGUGCUAUCAGACCGGGCGUCGGGCGGUCAGCUGACCGGUCAUGAGGACUCAUCUCCAUAUCACUAACCCGACCUGUGGGGUUCUCUCUCCAGCGGCUCGCCUGUGAGACGGACGCACCACGCUUGAACUCUCACAAGAGUCAUGGAAGGUACACCUCCAUGUGGAGGACUGACUAUUCCCUCCAGACACCGAGAGACCACCCCUCACAUGGGCCCCCUUUUUUAACAUCCUUGAUAUAUGCAGAUAUCUGUUCAACAAAGUGUUUCUCGUGCCAUGCUGGUCAACGUCCCUGCAGGCUUGAAAGGGCAAGAAGUCACCCCUCCCCCCCCCCCUGGUUUAGCCACCCUAGGAGAGGACGUGUGCUCGUGGGUCAACGCACACACAAGUCUGUCGGGGCGGAGGUCGGUUUCGCCAGUUGCAGCAUCUCCUCUCCACAUGCUGCAGCUGGACGAGGAACCUCCUCUAGAGACUUUCCACUGGACAGGAAACCCGACCACCACGUGGUCCGCCUUCAUGUCCAGUCGGCUGGUCGGUUGAUGUAGUCAUGGACGGUCUUCAUCUACAUGUCUUACACAUUUUCUAGCAUUUUUUUAUGUUGUUAAACACAGAUAUCGUGAUUUACUGUCGGUCGAAACCCACCACCAAACAAUCAUGACUUUAUUUUGUAUAUUUAUUCAUCCUUCUACAGUAGAACGUAACUGGAGGUGUUGUUUGGUGACCAACCCAUGGAAGAUGUAAUCCUUUUCUGUCGUGUUCUGUCAACACUUUGUGUACCGAUACCUCAUAGACUGUUGGUGGAGGCGGUGAGACUCUUCUUGUCGUAGCAUACAUUUGGCGCCGUAACCAAGGGUCAGAGUUCGGCCGUAGCGUUCGUGCGAGGUCGUUCGUCGCCGUGGAGAAUGUUCGUGUUGUGACCUCGCGUGCGUUUUGACCGAAGGUGCAAAAAACCAGCCAUGUGCAAACAACAUGCUGCAGUGGGCGUGGCUCCCUGCCCUUCCAAAAACAGUUCUGCAAGCGACCAACCAUCUCCUCUGUCCGUUAGUUUGUGUGGUACCUUGAAGCUGAAGCAACCCCAUCUCACCGCGUCCUGCCCUCCGACCCCCUGGCCCCCACCUCCGACCCUGGCCCCCACCUGAAGGGCGCGGAGGACAAGAUGCUGGGUUGCACAUCGUAUCUUAUUAAUUUUUGUUUAAUUUACAAAAAUGAAAAAUCCCAUGGUGUGCCUCCUAGCUUAUGGGUUUUAAAUGUUUGUUUGUUUUUUCCCUAAAGACCAGCAGUUAUACUUUAUAUAAAAUAUGGAUUUUCCUUAUUUUUAUGCUAUGUAAGAUGAAAAGCCUGUUUUCUUUACUUUGGACCCAGUAGCUGCACUGGUAUACAAUCGCACUGAUAGAUGAUAAUUAAAAAACAUAAACAAAACAUGGAUCAAUACUGAUACAAGCAAAUGACAUAAGAAAAUACAAUAAACUUGUGUUUGGAACUUUUAUCUAAAAAAAAGGAAUAAAAUUAAAAAAAGAAAAUGACUGUUUUUGUAUAUUAAAAUAAAUUCUUUUCAUAAUA